AUGAAGUGGUCAACGGCUAAUUUCGUCUUUCCGUUUGCUUUAUUUGUUGCAGUUGAAGCUAGUGAACACAUUCUACGUUUAAAAGGUUUGUUGAAUUUCGAAGUUUGUAGUUUUUAUGACAAAAAAACAUCAAGCUUAGAAAAACUUUACAAAUAUAUUUCAUUCACGAAUGAGUUAUUCAAAAAAAUGAUAGAAAAUUCUAAACACGUUUUUUUCUGCGCUAACCGUAUAAAAAAAUCCUCUGGGAAUCCUGUCCCAAUCCAGUGGUCAAUGAGCUUCAUUUGAUCUUUCUCUGGUUUUUUGCAAAAUUCUAUAAAAUUAGCUAUUUAUCAUCAAAACUCACAUACAGUAGUCUUCAAUUCUGCAGAAUCUCAAUUAGUUUGAGUCAAAGUUUGGCAUUUUCUCGAAGUACUAAUUAAUUAAAAACGUACUUAUCAGGAUUAUUCAUGGAAUUUUGACUCAUCUGUACUGAUUUAAUGAGGAUGUUAUGUACGAAAUUCAAUGACCACUUUGAUAAAUUGAGCUAGAACUUUGAGCUUUGGUAGAAUAGAAAUCAGACUUGAAAACGAUAUUUUUCAUUUGGAAAUGCAAUUUUCAUGUAAAAACAAAAAAUGGGUCUCUGCGUUGCGGUCGCGCUGCGGUCAGGAAAUUAAUUGAGACUUUUGACGUUAAGAACCAGCCCUAAGCAUCCGACCUUGAGUAGCCUUUCACUAUUCAAUGGGAUGCCGCUGGCAAAAAUAAUGUUUUUUCUGGCGUCCAAGGUAACAGCUUGACGGAAGCUUCAGCCUUUUUCGAGGAAGAAAUUUUAACUCCUAAGAAAAAUUAACAUGUUUCAGAAGGAGUCCACGCUCCAACGACUUUGAUCGGGAUUGAAGAAAACUCACGAGUGGUCAUCAGAUGUGAACAUCCAUCAGGCUCAUCAGAAAACAUCAAAUGGCUCAGGACUGGAGCCAGCAUCGAUCCGAAGUUUGUUCAACUUUCCAAGUAAGAGCUUCUGCUUUUCCUGUUUAGUUGAAGUUUCGUUCCACCUGUCAUGAUUUUUGGGGCUUCGCUGGUGUCAAUUUUCAAGAAAUUGUGUCUGUCCUUUCAUAUCGAAGUAUAGGCUUUCUAAGGCGGAAUACUGCUUAAGAUUGAAUUUUCUCGGUUUUUUUUUCUGCUCGAAAAGUCGAAAUAUGAAUCCUGCUGUUGCCAAACUUUGAAAGUUCAAAAUCUUUACAUCGAAAAAAAUUUUCCCGAUUUUCUAAUAAUUUUAUUGUUUUCAUCAUAGUUUUUUUCCUACUCCAAUUUGGAUGUAGACGAAUUAUGCAGGAUAGAAUUAUUUUUGAAAAAAAAGCAAUUUGGACUUUUUGUCGUUCGAUCGCUGUAGUUCCUUAGAUUCGCAUUGUUUCUCUCAAACGUUUUUUUUAACCAAGCCAAAUAAGUUUUCAGAGAUAAAUCGGAAAUCGUGAUCGAAAACUACGACUCUGUAGACCACGAUGGUGUCUACGAGUGUUCGGCUGUCAGUUUCAUUCUCCUCAACAAUUUUUGAAAUUGGAAAUCUCAGAAAGGAAUGUCAGCUUCUUAUCGUCUGAGAGGAGAGAAAAAGUACGAUUUACCCGAAGGUUUCCGGUUUUGCGUCGGGGAAGAAGUCAGCAAUUGCAAGCAUGCCCGAGUUUGCCGAGUAGAAGUUUCUUCGGAGAUUACCAGUUGCAUGUGAGUUUUUAUCUGAUUGGUCUUUUUUGAUUUUGUAAUUAGAAUUCCCUCGACUUGCUUUGAUUUUGACUAUCCUGUCAGUCGACAAAAAAAAAAGAUUUCUCAAUGUUUUCUUCGAUUACAGUUUCACAUAGUUUGUUUCUACCCUUUUUUGUCCCAAGCUGAAUUUGAAUGGAGUUUACACCUUAAAGAAAUACCGCAGAUGAAAUUCCCGUUCUAUUCAAUUUUUUUAAAAUAUUUAUUGUGAUGUCUCAUCCAAAAAAUUAAUGACCAUCUUCCAAAAAGAUUCAUCUUUUUAUUCGAUGAAACCUGCAAUUUUCUUUUCCUUGAUUUUUUUCUCGACGAAAAAUUCGUCUUAAUAAAAAGUAUAGUUCAAAAAGUUCAUGUUCUAGCUUUUUUCCAAGGAUAUCCGGAUUUUACUGGUUAAGCUCCUCCUAUCCUCACUCUUAUCUCCGCCUCCUGAUUAAACUCGCCUCGAGCUCAUUCUCCUCCCAACAAAGACUCAUUUACUGCGGUUUCAGCUGCGAAAUCGGCUGGAUGGGUGCGAACUGCGACUCUCUGGACACUGUCCGCUCUCCGGUACUGUCACCACCAACACAACAAGUCUGCUCUUACUGUACGUUUCUAACACUUUCUAACACCGAUUUCAGCGAUUUCUAUUGGAGAGAGAACUGUCAGAUGAAGCAGUAGCUUUGAACAUUAAAUUAAGAAUCUUUAUAAGAAAAAAAAACGUUGAUAAACUCACGCUUUUGCAACUAUAUCAGGAUAAAUUAUGAGAUUUGCGAUGCUUUUUGAUCUUGGUGCGCGGAAGUCGUUUAAAGUCGGUUGCAAACGGAAGAUCGCCUUCUUUUGCAUUCUAGGCAGUUUACGUGCUAUGUGGAGGUUUCGUCUUACAAAAUUGAUGAGAAAUGAGAGUACUGAACGUUUUCAGGUUGAGAUGCCCGAAACUCAGCUAUUUUUUACUUUUCAGAUUUUUGAGUGAAUGGCUGUCGGAAUGCGUAAAAUCAUUCACAGAACUUUAGCCAAAACUGAUUUGAAGCGAAAAAUUGAAGAACAUCCAUUCCUAAUUAUUACAAUGAAAUAUCCACAAAAACAACACAAGAAAAAGUUAAAAAGAAACUUGGCAAAAAAAACUAUUUUUAAAUAUCAGAAAAACGUCGUAAAAAAGGAAAAAAAACCAUAGAACUUUGAACCGCAAAUCUCUGAUAAGGGAUCUUACCGUAGGCCAUUUCACACUUUCAAUUAACUCAUAAAAGAACAAAGACGUUAUUCAUUGUCAUCGUUCCUCUCAAUUAACCUGUUAAACAACGGAAAAAUCUGCAGAACUAAAGAUUUUUUUUCAAAACCCCCACUAGAGAAGGAAAAACAGAUCACAGAUCUCUACAGUAGGAUACUUUACACUUUUAAUUAAUGAAUAAAAAAAACAAAGACAUGAUUCAUUAUCAUCGUUUCUCUUAAUCAACUUGUUGACUACCCUUAAUUAAGAUAAGGUUGAUUUAAUUAGACGAUCGUACUCUCUGCGAAAUUGCUGAAAAUUAGUCCCCGUGUCAUCUAAUCAAACUAACCAAUGUUCACUGUCUUGCGUCUUGGUUACUGAUCCAUUCCAAAAGAGAAAAUAUCGAAGACAAUCCUAAGAGUAGAGCAGAUUCAGGGACGCCGCUGGUCACGGGCAUACUGUUUCUCUCUGCUCUCUUCAUUCUGGCCGUCUGCCUGUACAAAUUCAAAGUGAAGAGCUACAACCGUCCCGGGAACUACUGCGGUCACAGAGAGUGAGAUUUUCGAAGCUUUUUUUUCAGGAUAGUUUAUUCACCUAGACUCUGCACUCUCUCUUUCUCUCUGCCAUGAAGUGAAAAACAGGAGUUGGUCUCAGAAAACCUCUAACAGUCCGGGCUUUUUUUCACCAAUCACAGCUGAAGUCGAAGUCAUUUUUUAAUGUUAAGGAUUCUUAAACAUUUCGACUUCAAGUUCCCAAAGAGUCGAGAGAACAAGAGAGCGCAGAUGGUUAGGCAGUGUUUGAAAAAAUGAACUUUCGCAGUAUAAAAAAAACUUAGUGGAUUUUGAAAUUUCUAAACAUCCAAAAAACCAUCGAAUUUUCAGCAACUCGCCGAAGUACACUGCAGUGCAGGGAAGAAUCGUCGCCACUGCGGAAGAAGCAGACGUCGUCUGA